GAGAAUUUAUAAAUAUUUUUAAGGCUUAUCAUCUUGUUUAGUUUGAAUUUAAAAACAUAGAAAGAUGGAUACUACAACCACAGUAUUUGCAAUAGUAACUCUAGUGAUAAUGAUACUACUGUCUUUAAAUCUGGCAAGUGUUUACAUGAUGUAUAGAGUCCACACUAAUACCAGCCAAGAUAUUAUUAAGAAGGAGAUUGAUAUCAAGUUGAUGCAAAUAAAAGUUGCUGAAGGAGAACUUGAAACAGUCAGACUGAAAGCCCAGAGAAGGAUCAAAGACAGCAUCAAUGAUGAGCUUGCGAGCCAGGGACCAAAUCUAAUGAUGUUAAGCUAGGUCCCUGAACAACCUUUACCGGCUCAUAGUUAAAGAUUUUUUAGGAUUUAAAUUAGUGAUUCAUGAAUUGAAACCUUGAUAGGUAGUUCAACGGCCCCGCCAUUUCAUUAAAUUUGGUCCCAGCUCAAAAUCCGAGAUGAAACCAUUAUCAGUUUGACAAGACAGGCAGAAUUACAGGACAGAAAUGUACUGGAUUUAAAAGAGAAGAUGAAUGCUAAGAUAAACUUGAUUAAUGUUCUUACUGAAUGUAAGAAAGAGAAAGUUAAAAUUAUAAACAGUUUGACCUCCGAGGUAGAAUUACAGAACAAAAAUUAUGACGACCUUAAAGAGGAAGUGACCUCUAAGAAAACCAUGAUUGAAGAACUUAGAAAGGAGAGUGAACAAAGGAGAUUUUUAUUUUUAGAAUUAUUUAAAAAUCUUGAGUUCAAAGUAUUAAAUCCAGUGUGUCCCGAAUAUAUUUUGUGUGGGAAGAAGUUAAGCUUGGAAGAGAUGCCCCAACACUUUGAUGAAUGUGACAAUCUAAGGUAUCUGGAGUGCCAGCAUCAUCUUGAACUGAAUACUAUUGUGGAAGAAUCAUGGUAUAAACCCAACUUCAGCCAAAAUAAUAAGCCUGCAGUCUACAAGAUGUCAGAGUCUAGGGACUGGAUAGUUCUGCAAGGAAGAUGCUCAGGAAGUUUGUUUAUAUUCUUCUUCAUGCAUCACUCUGAAGAAUUGAUGAAGAAAAGAAGAUUUGUCGUAACUCUGAACAUUCAUGGGGAACAGAAUAUACAAGAAGGAAUUAUAUCUCAAGGAAUAAGUAAAGUCCUGAGAUGUGCUUCUAUAGGGAUAGGACUUGAGGAUGCCUUCAAACAGAAUUAUACUUUCAGCAUCAACCAUGGAGACAUGGAAAAGAUAUGUGCCAGACAACAUACCAGAGGAGUGCCUUCAAAGAAAUAUAAGCUAUUUGUGAGAUUUUCUGUCAUGGAAAUUUAGUGUAUUAGAACUCUGUGUAACAAACAAUACAAUUACAAUGCAAUAAGUUAAAAUAUUUUGAAACCGUUCCAAAUUUCAGAUUAACCAGCUCCCAGGAUUAGAUCCAAUUUUUCAUAAAAUUGUUACCAAUCUGAUAUUUGAGAGAAAAAAAAAAAACAUUUCUUUGGAAAACUAAAAACCCCACAAACACUGGAGUUAAUAAUUUUUUCCUUAUUAUUUUUUUUCCCAAACAUGAUAAAUACAUGUCCAAAACCAAACCAUUGUUUGUUCCACCCAAGAAAUUUAAUAGUUUAUGUAAACCAAGGCAUUUUAUAAAUUCAUCUUUUUCGGAAGAAGAAGUUUCAUGUACAGCUUUAU